AUGCUUAAGCUUCUUAUGAAUGCAGCCAUACAUUGGAUGAAAGCUGGAUUACCAUUACGUUCUUUGAAAAUUGUCAUAUUUUCUAGAAAUAUUGACAACAUAAGCAAAUCUGACCAACCACUAUUUGACUUAUUCCAAAAAUUGAAGGAUAUUCAUGAGCAAGGUGAAGAAAAACAAGACAAAGAGGUAGGUGACCAGUAUAACUCUUGGAUAAACAUACAAAGAACUGUGGUUGUUCGAAGCUGGGUCGCUUAAUCCUGGGUUAACGAAAAUUUCAAAGCAAUCAAUUUUUUCACAAUUCGUAUCUGGAUCAGUAGAAGUCAUUUUCCAAAGUUUUGAAAUUAACCCAAACCGAAGUAGUGGGUUGAAUUUUAAUCCAGUCUUAGCGCUAACCCAGCUUUGAACAACCGGCCCCAGCGUACUGCAAGACUCUGAGACUCUACGAUUCGGCUUCGGUGUUUCUUCCUUUAGUUACUAUUUUUAGUAGGAAAAUUCCACUUGGCUCUCAUAGUAGUCUGAGUAUAGCUUAUGUAAUGAGCAUGAACCAAGGCGAAUUUGGGUAAAUUUAAGAUACUUUGCGAAGGUGUUAUACGAUGAUCGAUCCACCAUGGAUAAAGAUGUUGUGUUAAAAACAAAAAUAUCAAGAUUGGAAAUACCAUAGUUAAUAAAGAUAUGAUCUGAUCAUGAUCUGAUUAUGACAUAAAGAUCAUGUUACGCCAUGUCAUGUCAUAGUGAUCAUAAAGAUCAUGUGGUCUUAAUAACCCCAGUGACCUUAACGCUAGAGAGAGCGUCUUGUUUGAACAGAAUUGUCCAGUAUCACUAGACAUUGCUUAGGCAAUGUCGAUUUUAUCAAUUUCGAACCCUACAAAGAUUUCCAACCGUUUUUUAAAACAAUCUCCAAAACCUGGGAACAAUUAAGAAUUUGGGUUACACAUGCAUGUCGUAGAAAUAAUCAUUAUCCAGUUUAAGAUAUAAAUUUUGAUAUCGAUAAUCUUACUGUAGGUUGAAGUUGAGUCCGACAGAUAUGAUAUUUAUCUGUCCUACAGCGAAGAAGAUAUAAAAUGUGUAGACCAAGUUGUUGAUGUUCUGGUAAAGAAUAAAACCAAUAUCCGGGUAUUCUCAUCUAUUCAAAAACUUGAUCUAGAAACAUCCUGGCAGACUCAACUGUAUGACGUCAUUAAGAAGUGUACACGCGUUAUGGCUCUUAUCACUCCAUCCUUCCUGCAAUCAGAACGAUGUACGGAGCAAUACAAUAUUGCAUUAUGUCAUAGUCGUAAGACACAAGAGAGUGUCUUGAUGCCGUUGUAUGUUUCUGAAGUGCCGUAUAUGCCGACUUACAUGAGGAUCACACAGUAUAUUGACUGCAGGUAUGAAGUUCCCAGUGCUGGAUGAGUAGUUAGUUGCAACUUGACCAAAGUCUAUAGCUUGGCCGUAGGCUCACCAAAUUCUAAAUUUAAAUGUCCAUUUUCAUAAUAUUUCAGUUUUGGUUCCACUUCAGAUAUAUGAUGUUUUGCUCUAUGUUUUUUAGGAUCAGCUUUCAAGAGAAGUUAAAUGCAGCAUGUCUCACAGUUAUUGGUAGUCUUUCAUAUGAGGCACUUGAAGUCACAACUAAGGCUGAUAAGGAUACACUUGCAUCACCAAAACCAGCCAAUCAAACCUACGAUGUUUUCUUAUCAUACUCUCACUGCAAUUCAGAGCAUGCCAUGCAGAUUAUGAAGGAACUGCGAAUUAAGAAACCUGAUCUUGAUAUAUUUAUUGACACAGCAGAGCUGAAAGCUGGUGGAGCAUGGCAGCUAACCUUGUACAAUGCUUUGG